AUCUUUGAAUCAGCCCUGCCAGGAAGUUUAAUCGAGCGCCGUGCAGCAGGAUCGUAGUUCGGAUAAAGGCAGUCGCUCUGAAGCUAAAAUGACUUUCAAUCGGUUAUUAUGUAAAGCUGUUCAAGUCAACAGAGUUGUAUCCAGGUCUGCAUUUACAAGCGCCAAGCAUGACUAUGUCAACCCUAACUGGUUUCGAGUGGGUAUGGCCUUUGGUUCAAGUGCUGUCCUGUGGGGCAUGCUCUUUUGGCAGCACAGCGAGGAUGUGCGCGAGUACAAAUUGAGGAAUGGCCUGGAAUAGCCCACAUAACUGGCAGGAGGUCGUCAGGUCCUGUCUGUAGGAUGGACCUGUUUGUUUGCUGUUUCCAGAUCGUUCCAGAUUCCUCACUCUGAAUUCUCUCUAAAAUAAAUGUUUAUUAUGUGAAUAUA